CUCGUUUCCCUCCUUUUUCUUCUCUUCUCCCCCGUUUCCUCUGCAACUGCCAAAACCGACACUUUCACGCGUAUCUCUGCUCGAUUUUCUGUUAGAAGCUUAGAGCGUCGUCACUUAAAGAUUUUUUCAUCAGGUUGUGCAUUCAUAUUAUAUUUGCACUCAUGGGAACUGCGGUAGAUUCUGUCAACAAGGAAGCUAAUGGAAGCUUGUCAGAUGAGAAGAAGGUCAAAGUUGUUUUUGUUUUAGGUGGCCCAGGCAGUGGAAAGGGCACCCAGUGUGCAAAUAUAGUUGAACAUUUUGGGUUUACCCAUCUCAGUGCUGGUGAUCUUCUUCGAGCUGAAAUUAAAUCUGGUUCUGAAAAUGGUACAAUGAUACAGAACAUGAUAAAGGAGGGAAAGAUUGUUCCAUCAGAGGUUACUAUUAAACUUCUCCAGCGGGCAAUGCAAGACAGUGGUAACAACAAAUUCCUUAUUGAUGGGUUCCCUCGUAACGAAGAGAACCGUGCUGCAUUUGAGAAUGUUACAAAAAUUAGUCCAGAAUUUGUACUAUUUUUUGAUUGUCCAGAAGAGGAGAUGGAGAGGCGUCUUUUAAAUAGGAACCAGGGAAGGGAAGAUGACAACAUUGACACAAUUCGGAAGCGGUUUAAGGUUUUUGUAGAAUCCAGUAUUCCCGUUGUUGAGUAUUAUGAAUCAAAGGGGAAGGUCAAGAAGAUUGAUGCUGGAAAACCUAGAGAAGAAGUUUUUGAAGUGGUCAAAUCCAUUUUCUCCGCAAUUGAUAAGGCUGAUUAAAUAUUUCAACUGCACUUGCAAUGUCAAACAUGGUGUGAACGCAGGUGUUCUUAUCUUACACCAUCAUUCAUAUUUUUCUCAUUUUCAUCGUUCAAAUCUAGUUUGGGAAUUCUGUGAGAAUGCCGGAAAUUUAUAAUGAAAUAGAUUUUUGUGGGUGAAUAAUGUGAUACUUCGGGUUAUAUGGAUCUGGUUGGCCCAGGGUUUCAGUUGGAUUUUGUAAUUAUAUUUUACCUUUUGAAAAA